AUAAGGAUAGUGGAGAGUUAAGGUGACUUCCAACAAUUAUUAAAAGGAUAUGUGUUUAGUGGUUAGAAGUUUGAAGUGUAGCUUAAUUCUAGUAUCUAUUGAUAAUUCAGUUCUAUUCUAGAUAGGCUCCAUUGUAUCUAAAUUUUGUAGGUUAAGUGCACUUUGCAGUGUAAAGUUUGGAAUUGAAUUCAAGAAGAAAAAUCUGCCUAUCUUAGAAAACAAUAAAAAAAUAUUUUCUAUCUUUUCCAUUUAGUAUCAGAACUCGUGUGAGUUCCUGGCUUUUCUUCCAAAUAGUAAAUCAGCAUCACACCAAUUAAAAUAUCGUUUUAUAGCAGAACGAAUUGAGAAUCGUUUUUGCCUUUCAAAUGGACACUCAUCUUUCCUUCUCUACCAUUUCUAUUCAUACUCUUCUUUUGUUCUAUGAAAACACUAUCGUCAUAGACAAUUCAAUCUCAAUGAAUGUUUGUGAAUUUUGUUACCAUCAAGCUAACUCAAAGCAACUAUCCAUUAUGGAGAAAGCAGGUUCUAGGAUUGGCAGAAAGCCAAGACCUAAUUAAUCAUCUCACAAACGAACAACUCUUUCCACCAAAAUUUGCUGCUCCAAACCCUAAAAAUUUAGAACCUUCAAAAUUGGCUGAUAAAUUCAUUAGGCUUUGAGGAUAGAUAGUUGGAACUCUUUUCGAGAAGAGUCUAGGACUUGUCAUUGGCCUGGAGACCUCACGAGCAAUUUGGGAAGCUCUCAAGGAAUCAUAUGCACAGGAAGGAUUCACAAGAACGUGAAUUCACUCUUCGACAAUAGUUAUCUUACCUACGGAAGAGUGGAACAACAACAAUUGCAGGACAUAUGAGGAACUUUAAAGGAAUUUGUGAUAGCUUAGCUGUAAUUGGGAAGCUUGUGGAAGACAAGGAAAAGGUAUUUUGUCUUCUUACAAGCCUAGGUCCUCAAUUUGAGAACUUUACCACAAAAAUGUUGAAGCCACCAAAGCCAACAUAUGUAGAAUUGACCUCACAAUUACAGAACUUUGAUCAGAGGUGGAGUUGGUUUUCAAAUGAUACAGAAGGUUCAGUGUCUCAUGUUACUUUUCUAAGCCAACAAAAUGGAAGUCGCUCGAUGACUUCUUCAUAUCGUUCCUUUCCGUCGAGAAUGGUUGGUUCAUAUCAUUUUACUCAAGGAAGGUCUGCGCCUUUAAACUAUUCAGGAGAAAAUCGAUUUUCAUCUGUUGGGCAUGGCUUCCAAGCACAACGUUCACAGGGUAGUAACACAUGUGGACAACAGCAGCGUCGACAACUACCGCCAUCUGCACAACAAACAAUGACUCCAAAAGAACGUGGACUUUAUAAGAAUGAGGUUUAUCAAUACUGUGAGAAGCAGGGUUACAUAGCCAAAAUAUGCUGGUGGAUACCGAAUCAAGGAAGUCAAAAUAAUGAUAUUCUGCAAGCACUUGCAGCAUUAACUCUUGAUAAUUCAAUUGUCGAUUCGGAAUAAACUGCUGAUAUAGGAGCCUCCAAUCACAUGACAGGAAUUGUUCAUCAAGUGUCAUGUCCAUGUAUGCCAGAGCAAAAAGGUAUGGUUGAAAGGCGAUAUCGUGUUAUCGGAGAACUAGGUAUUGCAAAGCAAGGAGAUUCCAUUCUUGGAGCCAUACCUCUGUCAAAUAGUUCAGUGGAUGUGACACAAGUUAGUGUUUUUCCUGUUGAAGACAUAGGACAGAUGAAGUUUGUGCAGCCACUUGUGUUAGCAGUACAAGCACCGGAAACAAUUCUAGCAACAACAACUAACAGUGAGGCAGUAGCACAAGUUGUUGUACUGUCUUCACUAGCUGCUACUGUAUCCUCACAGUUACCAGCAUUACAAGAGCAAUCAGAAACUGCAGAACUGGUGGAGAUACCUGCAGACCGUGAAGAAUCAAUUGUUGCUUCAUCUCCAUAUGCUGCAGUAGUGCAACCAGCAGAAAAUACAGAACCAGUUGUGGAUUCUGCUGCUGCCUCAUCUCCAGCAAUAUGGAUUCCAGCAGGAAAUGCAAGUUCAAUGGAGGCUUCUGCAGAAACAACAGUGGAAGUGUCUAGUUCAAUACUUGAUUGUAAAACAACAAGGUCCUUGCAACCAGGAGAGUUGACAAGUUCGAGUGCAGAACCAGUGGAAAAUCAGCAGCAAGUAACAACUCUUCAACAGCCAAUACAGUUACAACGUGCUUUGUAUGGCCUUAAGCAAGCGCCUUGUGCACGGUUUGAUCGUUUGAGAAAAUAUAUUUUUUCUAAUAGUUUCUUUUAUAAUCUUGCCAAUCCUUCUUUAUUAUUUCACAUACAACUAAUGGUGUACUUGUGUUGUUAGUAUGCGUAGUUAAUAUGUUGCUUGUAGGUUCAAAUAUUGGUCUUGUGCAGAAUUUUGUUAAUUUUGUGAGUGCAGAGUUUUCCAUGAAGGAUUUAGGUUCACUGCAUCAUUUUCUAGGCGUUGAGAUCACGUCGACAAGUAUUGGAUUAUAUUUAUCAUAGACUUAUUAUGCACAUUUCAUCCUUGAACGAGCUCAAAUGGUGGAUUUCCAACCAAUGCCAACCCCAUUAGAGGUAAAAAAAAAAAAAAGCCAACAGAUUCUAUUUUACUUGAUGAUCCAAUGUUUUAUCGAGGAGUAAUUGGAGCUUUGCAGUAUCUUACACUUACAAGACCAAAUUUGUCCUUUAGUGUGAAUUUUUGUUUCGCAGUUUAUGCAUGCGCCAACUGAAGCACAUCUUAAAUUGGUUCGUUGGAUACUAUGAUAUGUCAAAGGCACAAUUGAUCAAGGCUUACAUUUACGGUCUCAUACAAAGUUAGAAUUAUCUGCCUAUUCGGAUGAAGAUUGGGCAGGUUGUCCAACAAUCAGACGUUCAACUACAAGUUUUUGUACUUUUCUAGGCACAAAUAUCAUCUCUUGAUGUGCUAUGAAACAACAUACAGUCUCUUACUUGACUUUAAUAUAUUUUUAGUGAUCUACAGAUUACUUUGUCUUCAACUCCAGUUUUAUUUUAUGAUAAUUUGAGUGCAUUGUAUA